AUGAGCGGCUUCACAAAGUUCCGCGCAGGCCUCACGGCCGCGGGUUGCGCUGCCAUCAUCUUCACCGGCGCCACGUACGGCGCCGGCCUCAAGACACAGAAGGAAUGGAAAGAGGAGAGGAAAAGCUUUUGGGAUUCUCCGUACGAUGAGCAAAUAUCCCUCCUUCUAGGUCAGCGUGGCCGCCUGGUCACGGAGCGUCGCAACUGGGAGAGGAAGCUCACGUACCUGGAGGAGAGGAUAGUGGAGAGGGCCCCGAAGAAGCCCGAGAGCUGA